AUGGCCGACGAAGCCUAUCGAAGGGGCACAAUUUGCAAGCUUUCACGCCAGGAUUGCAACACUUUACGAUCCUCUAACCUCCCGUUCACUGAAGGCAUAAUCUCUUCAAGUAAUAGUGACUCCACUUUUGUUAACUCUCCGGGGGAAAGAUUUGCGGUAGCGGUAAAAACGUCUUUGGAAGGUUCCGACCCACAGGGAGAUCUAAUAUUGAACGUCCGGUCAUCGGAUAAAGAAGUUCAACAAUCUGGAGGAAAUCUAAAGGUCCUCCUUUCGGAGAACGUGCUUAAAAGUCGUGAUUUAUAUGUUGGCAAAACUGUCUGGGUGAAAAAAGUGAAUCCAAUUCCGCUGCAAAGGGUUGUAGUCGGGAUUUCCUCAGAAGAGACAUAUUUGUGGGCGCAGUCGUCCUUAGCAUCGUCUCUACUUAAAAGUUUGCCAUCAGGUCCUAUAACAGUAAGGGAAAAUGAUAUCCUCUGUUUUCAUAAUGAUCAAGUAACUGGCGAGAAGGAAGAAGGUUCUGAGGUAUUAAUACUACAGAAUGAGCCAGUGUCUCAGGGCUGUGUCACAUCAGAAACAUGUCUCGUCAUCACAAAGCUGGAAAAGACUGAAAUUCAACCUGCCUCUAAAAUCAGCGAAACAGAGUCUUUGGUAUUGUUGUCUGAUUCUCUUGAAACCUUCCUUGUCUCUGACUUCACUCGCAACCUUAUAACCCAAGGUCAACUAUGUGAUCAUGAUCAGCCUAAUGAGAAAACAAGUCAGGAAAAAACACAUCAGUUCAGAGUGAGCGUUUUUAAUAGUGAUAAAAUGAAUUAUUUAGAUUUGUGUCAAGGUGUAUCCAGUAGGGUCUAUGUGUCAGUGGAAACUUUGAUUGACUUGUGCUUGUUCAAUGGCAGUUGGGUCAAAAUUUACAGGGAUUCGACAGAUUUACAUGUGCAUGAUAAGCAAGAGGAGCAAGAUUCAGAAUCAAUGACUAUUAGCCAGCAAAAAUAUUGUGAUGAAAGAUUUUACGCAAAGAUCAAGUAUCAUCUUGUUCAACUUGUGGCUGUUGAUGAUGAGUCCACUACAAACAUUUCCUCAUUAAUAAACAGUGACGAAGUUGAAGAUAGAGUUUUGUAUAUUGCACCCUUACUCUACUUUAAUUUGUUUGGUAAAAUCACACCAAAUGUGAAUGAUCAUCCUCCUGUUUACAUUUCUCCAAACUUCAAUGCAACAGCUCUUCCCAAUGGAGAAUCAAAUACUGAAAGCACAAGUGGAAAACCACCAUUUGCUACAGAAGCUCACAUUGCGCUGAUACACUCACCUUAUUACAAAGUUGGAGAGUCAUUUGAUGGUGCACUGAUGUCAUAUUUCAAAGUGCCAAGGAUCCUAACUGUAGGAGAUGUAUUCUUUGUUUAUCAUGAUUGGCAAAGAAACACUGAUGCUCAGAAGAUGGCUAGUACAAGUGAUGAUCAGUGGCAGAGGGAUCUUGUUGUUUACUUUAAAGUGACACGCCUCGUCUGUGGGAGCAGUGAAGCCAAUUCCUGUUUUGUUGACGUUGAGCACACUUCUUUGUAUCAAGUAAGUAAAUGCAUACCAUCAAUAAAUCAACUUAUACAAAAGAGGAAGAUCAUUGUAGGUACCAAGUAAAGAAUUGUUUUGAAUUAGGAUACUCUGCUUUGUGUAUUACUUUCAAUUACCACUGCGAGAAGUUUGUAUUCAUGUUUUUAUCUUUUACUUUUUUGACAGAGAGGUUCUGUACACAGUUACAUACCAUCCGCCUUGACAUCAUCAAUUAGCCGGGGAAAGCGUUCCUAUGAUUUAAGAGCAAGUUACUGGGAGCAAAUAUCUCCUGCAGGAUUAAGAACUUAUACAGAUAUAUUAGAGAAUCUUGUGAAGCCCUACUUGCAUUCAAGGUGAACAAUCUUGUGUACAAACAUAUUAUUAAUGUCUAUUGUAUAUGUUGUGGUUCAAUUUUAUCCUUGGUUCAAAUUUUAUUUCCCUUUGUUUUGGGGUAUGCUAAUGUAUGAUAAUGAGACUGUUUAAAACAAAGGAAAAUAAAAUUUGAACCAAGAAUAAAAUUGAACCACAACAUACACUGUAUACACUGUAUUACAAAACCAAAAGCAUUCUACUGAUUAUGGGUUAAGUCUGAGACAUUGGGGAGCUUAUGCAACGGUGCUUUUGAGCGAUACGCGUCAACCGAAAGCGGACUUUUUUUAUUCUUGGGCAAUGUUUUUGCCAACAUUUUUGUGCAAAUUGUCUGUGUAAUGUUUUCAAAAUUUGGUAACGUCAGUAUUUUUAAUCAAAAAGGCCUUACUUCAGUGAUUUGUAUAAGAACGUUCAAAAUGUUUUGUUCCUAUUCAAAGAGCUGUGAUUUGAAAGAAAAUUCAUCUACAGCUGUAGUCAUUACCUCUUUGUUUUAUGACACUGCUAUUCAUGUCCUUACAUCAAGUAAUGUUAUCUGUUAUUUAAACGUGAUGAGUUAACAAUACUUUUUCUGUUUUGUUACAUUUUUCAGUGACAAAAAACCUCUUUCUCCAUGUGGGAUUCUUCUGUCUGGUCCCCCUGGAGCUGGUAAAAGGACAGUUGCUAGAGCAACAAGUAGAAAGUUAAACGUGCAUUUCUUGGGAGUCAGUUGCUACGAACUGAUUGGAGAGUCAGUAGCUGCCACAGAGGCAAGGUUGAAGAACCUGUUCCAGAAAGGUCUCUAUAAAAUUAAAUUAAUUUUAUUUAAGCUCGAUAGCGUGAGGAGUGGUUGCCCAAUCUCCCGAGCCCAGGGCUCAUGUAUUAAAUGCUCGAGCAUUCCGGAUCGAAUUGGAAUUUAGAAAUGUUGGUUUUUGCGGAGAGGGGAAAACCGGAGUACCCGGAGAAAAACCUCUCGGAGCAGGGAAGAGAACCAACAACAAACUCAACCCACAUAUGACAUCGAGUCCGGGAAUCGAACCCGGGCCACAUUGGUGGAAGGCGAGUGCUCUCACCACGGCGCCAUCCCUGCUCCCCUAAAAUGCUAUGCUGCCUUGUUUUCCCUUGUUUUGUUUUCUUCUUAUUAAAGUCGCUAUAAUUAUUGCAGUUGUAAUGCCAGGGUCAACUGAGCAGGCCAUGUAUAUAGUCUUGUUUGCAGUCUGUAGAAAAGAAAAAAUGAAAAGAAAAUGAACAUGCUUUUAUGGAAAAAUAAAGGGAAAAAAGAUUUCCUGGUCUCAGUAUGGUACAUUCCUGAAACAGUGGUAGUCUUUUCACCAGAGCCUAAAUAAGCUAAGAAAUAUUUCAGGACAAGUAAAUUUUAAUUCCUUCAAGUAAAAUAAAGCUUCACACACAACCGAUUCUUUUUUACUUCAGGUUAUUUUCCCACACAACAAAAUUAAGAUUGAUUGACAUGUCUCGCUUUUCUCAAAGCUCAAGAAACCGCAAAACUGCAAGUCAGCUAAGUCAGUCAUAAGGAUGUUUUUCAAGUCGCUUGAAACUUUCUUGGAUCGUUUCAACUUUCCGACUUUAAUGAGAUGCAGAGCAAAGUUACUUCAGAUUUUACUUAGGCCUUCUCACACAAAUUUUUGGUUAAGUAAAACCUAGCUCUCUUAAGUCUUACUUAACAGCCUAGUGUAAAGACAGCGAGUAAAGAGUCUUCUUUUAUGAGCACAAUAUAGCAAAGAACAAGUUCAUAACACAUUCAAUAAUUAAUAAAUUUUAGUGAUAAUUAACUUUGUAUAAAUUAAGGCUGAUCUUUUUUUCCUCCUUCUGUAGCCAUUCUAAGUUCUCCCUGUAUCAUGCUGUUACAAAACAUCCAUGCUCUUGGAAAAGACAGAGAGGGAAAUGAGGAUGAACCAAGGAUAGCUGCCACUUUGAUGAACUGCAUCAACAACCUUAAGGACAACACUGAUUGGCCAGUAGUUGUCAUAGCAACUUCAUCUUUUCCAAAUGACAUCACUUCUGACAUGUAUUCUUGUUUCCUUCAUGAAGUGAAACUUGAGGCACCCACUGAGAGUGAACGAUAUGACAUGCUGGGUGGAUUGGGGGGCAUGGCUUUUGUCGGGAAUGAUGUGUCAUUUGAGCAGUUGGCCAAAAGAACAGCAGGAUUAGUGCUGGCAGAUUUUGUUGCACUCUUUAGUUAUGCCUCAAGAGCUGCUACACGGCGCUUGUUGAAUGGGUACAGUACAGCAGAAAACCGUGGCCAGACCUGGUUUCCAUGGCAACAGGAGCAAGAGCUUAGCUCAAUGGGCAUCAAACUUUGCAAUCAGGAUUUUGAGGAUUCGCUGGAUGUCCUCCAGUCUUCAAUGUCAGAUGCCAUUGGAGCUCCCAAGAUUCCAAGUGUUAAAUGGGACGAUGUUGGAGGCUUGGCUGAAGUGAAGGCUGCAAUUUUGGACACAGUCCAGUUACCUCUGCAGCAUCCUGAACUGUUUGCUGCUGGGCUAAGGAGAUCAGGUAGAUGAUUUUUUUUAUUCUUUAUUCAAAAUAUUUUGUGCUUUAAAAUCAAGCUAAAACAUGCCUAUAUGGAUUGAUGUUAAGUUCCCCUCUUCAUUUGCUUGUUUCUCGGAAAGUUCAGAAAAUAAGGGAUGUUUAGCUUGGCAGAAAUUCUCCAAAACAGUCGUCUGUCGAGUUGUAUUCUUGUUGCUCUUGCUAUGUUUAUAGGCAGUAGUUCUGCUAUUUCUUCUUCGCAAAAUGUGUGAAAUGUUCUGCCAUUUUGUACACUCUACCAAAACAUCCAUUUUUUGUGGCAUUUAUGCUGCCCUAUUAACAUCAUUUUCCACAUCUCACAAACGUCUUCCAAAUUUGGUCAACACUAGCUGUUUAUGAAUAAUUUGCCAUGGAAUUUAAGCCAAUCAGAAGCAGAGAAAUAUUUUGAAUGAAUAAUAAUCAGUUUUCUGUGAAUAUUUAAGGCUGUUGUAGAUUUCAGUUGUCUGAGAUGGCUAAGGAACAGAACUGUCAUAUUCUGAUCUAUUUUUUCACGACUCUGAAAAUAGAUUGGCUGCUUUACUUGACAAGUGAAUUGUUUUUACAGGUGUUUUGUUGUAUGGGCCACCUGGGACUGGGAAAACUUUGCUGGCCAAAGCAGUUGCUACAGAAUGCUCAUUGAACUUUCUCAGGUAUUCACCCUAUUAAAAAUUAUAGGUCUGCAAUGUGUACAUUUCCUUGUGUUUGUUUUUUGUUUGUUUGUUUGUCUUUUCCAUUGAUCGGUAGAUUAUACAGCUGGUAAAGAAAGUUGUACUUAUUUUGGGACCCACAUAUACACUAGGAAUUCUGUUUAUCUACUGUUUUUUUUUUUACGGAACAUUUUUCACAAGUGCAGAUGCCAUUUUGAAUUCCUUCAAAAUUUUGUCAGAUAUUUGCUAAUCUUCAAAAGCAACAUCGUCCUGCUUGGGUAAGCAAAAUGAAGGAGCUUCAUUUUGAUUAAUGUGCGUACUCUGUAAGAAAUUUAUUAAAUUGUUUUUUUACACAUGCUUUCCAAUUUAAAGGAAGUCGGUAAAUGCAUUUUUGCCUUGAUGGUAAUCCCUUAAGCCCUCAGGGUGAUUGGUAGCUAAAGAUUUUUAUUACAACGACACAACGACACUGUUUCAUCAAAGAUCAAACAUAGCAGAUAUAAAAUCAGAAAGUGAAAAAGGAUCUUGAUUGAUGAAUAAAUUCUCCCCAUCAGGUUUAUAAGAAAUGUACAGUGUAUGCGUAAGUGUGGAGAGUACGCUUGCGUAUUAGGGUUCAAAGACGUCUAAUUCUGUGGUCAGAUUUCUGACUCUGAUCCUGUGAACUCAAUCUUAAAAUAAGAUAAUGCGAUGCUCUAUGACUAAAUAAAACUUUUAACUAGCACGUUUUGUCGUGUACUGAACCAUAAAACACAGUUUUUUUUUCUUUUAUGUCAGUGUAAAGGGACCAGAGCUUAUCAACAUGUACGUGGGUCAGAGUGAACAGAACGUCCGUGAAGUGUUCACGCGUGCGCAGAGUGCUCGACCAUGUGUGAUCUUCUUUGAUGAGCUGGACUCGCUGGCCCCUAACAGGGGGAGGAGUGGGGACUCCGGUGGUGUCAUGGACAGGUAGAACAAGGAACCCAUAACCUUGCCCAAGCGAGUAACUUUCAUGUACUCUUGUAACGCCGUUUUCGACGACCAUUUUCCAUGUAUUUUAAAAGUGGUUUGGAGCUAGUCUAGAAUAUCUUUUAUUCCUACCUGUACAAUUCAGUCAGCAAAACGGAGCUCUGAACGUGCUCUUAGAAAAUAAACCGGUUCGUGAAAACGCUAUGAAAUAGGCCUAGUCAGUAAGUCACCACCUCCUGGUUACGGGCUCCAAUAUGAACACAUUUCUCCAGUUAGUUUUUUGAUCAGUGAUUAAAAAGACAGCUGCGUGCAAUGUUUUGGUGUGGUAAUGAAUUCUGUAGUUAAGCCAACAUUGGAUGCCCAGCCGUGUCUAAAUGUUGUGCUCCUUCUUUGUUUGUCCCUUAGAGUUGUGUCCCAGUUGUUAGCGGAGCUGGACGGGCUUCACAAGGCUUGUGACGUGUUUGUCAUUGGGGCCACAAACCGACCUGACCUUCUGGACCCAGCACUGUUGAGGCCUGGAAGGUUUGAUAAACUCCUUUAUCUUGGAGUCAGCGAAGACCGUGAAUCACAACUGAACAUUCUUAGAGCUCUGACCAGAAAGUAAGUACUCGGCGCGUAUCCUGACCUUACUUUUGCGUUAAGUUGGUGGAGGGCCGAGAGGCACCUUCUGACAGAAACUAAGACUCUUGCACACACGGGUUUAGUUUAUGGUAAAAUGGGGGGCGUUGCCCCAAACCCCAUCCUUGCCCCCAUUUCCCCCAGAUCUGCCACUGUUACUUAGCACAAAGCUGUUAUUAAAGUACAUGCAGAGCGGGUUAAUCAGUACAGAAAAACUAGAAAAACCUUGGACCCCCUUUGGAAUGUUUCCAAUAAUUUUUUAAAUAAUAUAUUCAUGGGGUUUAUUCGUAGAAAAAAUACGUUAUACCACGCUUAAGAAAGGGAACUUGUUUAUUAGAUAAUCGAAAAGCAUAUCUUUUAGUCGAUGUGGUAGACAGAACAGUAGAUCUGAUGAUACUUCAGAUACUUAGACAUUCCAACUUCUUAUCAAUUUAAUCCUGUGCACAAUUCAAAUUCUCUUGGGUAAACUUGAGGUAGAGGGGAAAGGUUAAAUGAGAUCCCUCUUGAACCUGCUAUGUAUGUCCCGGACAACAGAGCGAUAUGUCAAUGUAUCUGUUGAGAAUGUAAAGUUCCUUCGUUCUUUUCUAACAGGUUUUGUUUGGAUCCCGAUUUGCGGUUAGAAAAGGUGGCCGCCCUUUGUCCUGCGAACUUGACCGGGGCAGACUUUUAUGCUUUGUGUUCAGAUGCAAUGUUACAGUCUGUCAAAAGAAAGAUUGAGAUCCUUGAACAAGGUAUGAUAAUAGUAUUCCGAAUUGUAAACAGCCGUUUAUACCUGAGUCGAAUCUCCAUGUGCGACCUCUUCGCGUAAGCAACCACCUCCCAUAAACGACCAACCGUCCAAAACGCUAAACUUUUCCCAGUCAAGGCCUUACCUCUGGAACCUGUCGUUAACAACCACUUCCUGUAAGCGACCGCGACCACUUUUCGGGGCUGACAGUUUCAUUUUAACCUUUUUUAACCGACCACUUUACGCAUGGUGGUCUGAUGUUUGUUGGCUCUGCGUUUUGUGCUCUCAGAGUGUACGAAGACCUUAAUUACAACAUGUAACUACACAUGCAAUAAAUUAUCUACCAUCAAGGAGAAAUGUCCGGGCCUCUUCUUGGAAGAGACCCCUGUGGUUCGAUUCUUGUAAGCGACCGCCACCCGUAAGCGACCACUAAGUCUUCGCUUUUUGGCUGGUCGCUAACGGGAGGUGAGACUGUAUUCUUUACUCGCCUAGGUACCUACCAGAAGGGGUUGACAAACUACUACUUCUCUACAAACCCUGGAGUUAUUUUUGAACUGUAAUGUCACCCUGAAAAGGGGGUGUUGUUCUGCAGUAGUGUUCACACUGCCAAGGCAAUUCAAAUUUUACCCUAGACUGAUGCGUUGCUGCACCUGUAGCGUGAUUCUCAACAGAUCGUCGCCGAAUGACUUUCGUUGUUUGCCGAAUGACUUUCGUUGUUUGCCGAAUGACUGUCGUUGUUUGUCGAAUGACUUUCGUUGUUUGUCGAAUGACUUUCGUUGUUUGCCGAAUGACUUUCGUUGUUUGUCGAAUGACUUUCGUUGUUUGCCGAAUGACUUUCGUUGUUUGCCGAAUGACUUUCGUUGUUUGCCGAAUGACUUUCGUUGUUUGCCGAAUGACUGUCGUUGUUUGCCGAAUGACUUUCGUUGUUUGCCGAAUGACUUUCGUUGUUUGCCGAAUGACUUUCGUUGUUUGCCGAAUGACUGUCGUUGUUUGCCGAAUGACUUUCGUUGUUUGCCGAAUGACUUUCGUUGUUUGCCGAAUGACUUUCGUUGUUUGCCGAAUGACUUUCGUUGUUAGCCGAAUGACUUUCGUUGUUAGCCGAAUGACUUUCGUUGUUUGCCGAAUGACUUUCGUUGUUAGCCGAAUGACUUUCGUUGUUUGCCGAAUGACUUUCGUUGUUUGCCGAAAGUAAACCGAAACUAAGGAUAUGUUCACACAAUACCGGAUAGCCCGAGGUGGUGGGGGGUGGGGGGUGUUCCCUUAUACAAGCCAUAUAGGUAUGUGCCGCCCCAAAGGGUGUGGUUUUUUCGCCGUUUUGGUCUGAAAACGGGCAUAGACUUUGCCUACUUUGGUCUGGAAUCCGGUAUGGUUUUCGAGAAAACUACGGGACGGUAUGAAAGUAUUUAUCGUCGUUUCCAGUUCCAAAUGAAUAAGAAGGAAAGAGGAUUAUGCGAAUUCGUAGUGGGUUUUAAGAGAUCUUUUUUGUUGGCGUUCUUCUCUAAGUAAUGAUGACACAAUUUCCUAGAUGCCAGGUCUGAAAACGGGUGUGAAAAAUGACACUUUUUGAACUGGUCUGAUCCCCUCGGGCCGGAUAGUCACAAGUGACUUUGAAAAUUUUUUGUGUCCUCUCUCUGUCAUCGCAAAAAUCCUAAUGUUUACGUUACUUUUUUAGACUGUUUUAACUGUGUCUCACUGUCUUAAAGACUGUCCUUUCCGUCUCUGUUUAGGACAUUCGUCUCCCGACGAUUGCGGCGAGAUACAAGUGACUGAAGCAGAUUUUCAGAAAGCGCUAGAUGCUCUUGUUCCUUCCGUUUCCCUUCAGGAGCUUAAAAGAUACAAAGAUCUGCAGAAUCAGUUCACAAUGGAUAAUAGUCACAAUACCAAGAAAUAAUUAGAGGUUAGUCAUUUUAGCGAGUUCAAACAUACGAUGCAACACUUCAUACAUACAAGGGAGCAGUAACAGUGAGUGAAAGACUGAGCAUCAAUUCUUCAUACCCUGCUCAGUCAAAAAAAAAACUGACAAAAUCGUUUACGCGGGCAAUUUUAUUGUGGCGCGACAAGAGCAGUGGUUCAAACUCAACUUGUCCAUCGCCGAACGUGUUAUUAGACUCGAUUGGCGCGAACCUUUUCUCUUACGACAUCUUUGUUACAAUUCGUUCUUGAUGAUGAUGUUAGAAACAUCGAAACGUCGAAUAACGCGUUACUUUUAACUUUUCUUGUUUCAUGCUUUAACAAGGAACUGACCAUUCGACUUGUCCAUCAUUUCAUGAAAGUGUGAGUUAGUUGUUGCAAACGCAUGUGCUUGAAUAGUAAAUCGACCAUUGCUUUUAUCUCUUAUUUUAAUGAGAUGCCUCGCCCUCUGAUUGUCACCUAUUGUCACCUAUCUACUAUGACUUCCCUCUCCGGAGGUGAUUUGGUUAAACCGUUUUAUGCAUAUCACUGCCAACAGCAGUUAAAAUUAAAAUGUAGGAAAAACACCAGAUUUAGUUUGUCACACGUUCACUGGUCAUAAAACCUGGAAGAAAACGAAAAAGGUUUUGCCAGCUUUGUCAAUAAUGAAAAAUAUGCAAAAUGGAGAAAAAUUUAGACGCAAAAUCUCGUGUAAAAUUUUCACAUAAAGAUACGUUUCGUCUUAAGAACGCUUUUGACUGAAGAAACGUAUUGUGUUGCUAAAUUUCUUAGCCUCUGGUAGUUUAAGUGAGGAUCUCGUGUACAGAAUUCAAAGUUAGAAUCCAUUUGUACAGCAUAAUAAGCAUGCAGUAUCGCAGGUGAAACUGCUCAGUAGCUUGCAUUUGAAUGGUCAUACUUGAAGAUUUUUACCACUAAGUUCAAAACCAUGAUCAAAAGCACGACCGUCGAAUACGGCUCAGAGGCGCUCAGUAGCUUUUAUGCGAAAUGAUUUAAACUCUAAGGUAUGCAAACGAUGACAUGAGCCAAAUACAGCUAGGGAAUCACAUGUUCCUCAAAUUCCUCGUAUUUUUCCUAGUUCCCUACAUCUUCUUCUUCUUUUUGUAUGACUCAUUGAAUGGCCUGUCAUAUCCUGUCAUCUAAGGUUGUUUUUAAAUGAACUGUUUUUCCGCUAGGCGAAGAACGGUCAACAGUGCCCACAAGGAGUUUUGAGUGUAGC